AUGGAUCGAACUAGACAUGGGAAGAGGCCCUAUGAAUCGGAGGAGAAAGAAGAUACGAAUAAUAAUCAAAUGUAUUCAUCAGCUCGAUCUCAACAUGAUAUGUCUACUAUGGUUUCUGUCCUCUCUCAAGUUAUUGGCAACAAAAGUACGACCAACACAAAUUCUUCUUCUUCCUCCUCCGCACAUCAUAAGCAAUUAUUAACCCUAAAUCAUCGGUCUAGUACUACUGCAGCUACGCAAAACCAAUUACCUCAGCUCAAUCAACAACAAGGGAAUAAUGAAAGGAGAAGAAGACAGUACAGAGGUGUGAGGCAAAGACCUUGGGGUAAAUGGGCGGCCGAAAUCCGUGACCCGGAAAAAGCUGCUCGAGUAUGGUUGGGUACUUUUCACACUGCGGAAGAUGCUGCAAUUGCAUAUGAUGAAGCUGCACUUAAGUUUAAAGGAAACAAAGCUAAACUCAACUUUCCAGAACGGGUUCAAUCCGCAACUGAUCAAUUUGGGACAUCAUACCUAAUUACUACUACUAAUCAAUUUCCAGCCAAUAAAUUUCUCCCAAAUUUUGAUCAAUUACAACAUCACUACGCUCCCGCAGGUGGAAGUAAUCAUAAUGCUGAUGAUUUGAACUUUGGCGUCUCGCCGAGUUCUUAUCACCCUACAGCAGGGUUCAAUCCUAAAGCACUGAAUUUUGUGGAACCUUUGAAAUCAUCAUCGAUGACAUAUUUGGUACAACAAGCAUCUCAUGACGUACAACAAGAACCAACGUAUAUUAAUCACCAGCAAGAAGAUGAAAACAAUCCGAGAUUUUCAUCUUAUUUUGGCACUUGUUCAAGCUCAGCGCCUACUUUGGGGGAGUUUGAAGAUCGAAAAUAA